UAAAGUAAAGGAAUGUGAGCGAAGCCAAAAACCAUGUUCGUCGCGUUCGUAGCAGCUUCCAUCCCGGUGGUCUUGAGCAGAGAGAACUAGUUACCUCUAGUCUUGAGUAUCUGUAGUAGUGCUUGUUAUUGAGUUGAAGCUUUACUUCACAAUGUGGGUGAGAGAUGAACCCUUGAGUUCUCAAAAGUCAAAAGUACACUUGCCUGCACUCUGGGGCAACGCCGGAAGAAAGCGGCGUGUACAAACUGCAGAAAAUAGCUUUCGUUCUGUGCGUCGCUUCAGGGAACCCGGACGAUGCGGACAACGCACUUUCUUCAAAAUGACAUCAAUGAGGAAGAACGCAGUCCGCUUUUCACGGAUGCUUCGUUGAAACCCGCCCUGGACAACGACAACGCCAACCUAGACGUCAGCGUAGCUGUACAAGCUGAGCGAGGACCUGGGCUACGUGCUGUACUCGGCGCUCGGCUCCUUCUUCAUCCCGUCCUGCAUCAUGGUGUUCGUGUACAUCCGGAUUUACUACGCGGCCAAGGCGCGCGCGCGCAGAGGCAUCAGGAAGAACCCACAGAACCAGAAGAACAGCAGGCAGCAGGACCACCACCACUCUCCCCGGCAGGCCAACUCCGACAAGCAAGUGACCAGCUUCAGGUGCGGGUGCUUGUCUGUGUGCAGCACGUCCCCGGCGAGGGCCGGCGGCGGCGCUGGCUCCAACGGAGGCGGCCCCGGGGCGGGGGGCUCGGGGGGCGGCCCAGGGGGUGGUCCUGGCUGCAUUCAAACUUCGGUCACUGUGGAGACGCCCCCGGUGAUACCCAACAUCACCUGCGACUUUGCCAGCGACAUCAGCACGAGCGACAACGCGGAACAGUCCCAGGACGCCUCCGGGCCGUACCUGGACGCGCCAAAGGACACGCUCAAGGUGGUGGGCACGGGGCAGGCGGCCCGCCCCGUGCUCCUGACGCCUGUGGCCGCGGCCCCGGCGCUGGGUGCCUCGCAGCACCGGGGCUCCGUCAUGUCCGUCAACGGCGAGCUGGCGCAGCAGGCGGCCGCCAUGCAGCGCAUGCGGCAGCCGUCCGUCGGUAUCGACACGGACAUGGUGAGCGAGUUCGACCCCUCGUCGUCUGACUCGGGGGUCGUGUCUCGCUGCGCCGUCGUCAAACCCCUAAAACUGCGCCUCUGUCAGCCCAUCUUCGGCCGGCGCACCACCUCCAAGACGAAGCGGGAGAUCAUCGACAUGGGCCGCAUCCCGGGCGGACAGCAGGCCGUCGUGGAGGUGGUGCAGUCGCCGCGGCCGAUCAAGCGCGACCCGGAGCGGGAGAAGCGGCGGCUGGCGCGCAAGAAGGAGAAGCGGGCCACGCUCAUCCUGGGGCUCAUCAUGGGCUCGUUCAUUGCGUGCUGGCUGCCCUUCUUCCUGCUCUACAUCCUCACGCCCCUCUGCUCCUUCUGCUACGUCCCGGAGAAGGCCUUCUCCAUCGCCUUCUGGCUGGGCUACAUGAACUCGGUGCUCAACCCCGUCAUCUACACCGUGUUCAACAAGGACUUCCGGCGUGCGUUUCGCCGCAUCCUGUUCAAAUGAUGUUUGGCGCCGCUCUGCUGUUGCGGUGCCUGGCCGGCGAGCAGGCCCGCCGCCAGCAGGCCCGCCCGCACUGACCACGACCGGUGACAUCCGCAGCCUAGUCCCAGGCCGGCGGCGAGGGUCUCGUCACUCUGCCCGUCGUGAGCUUUGGUGCCCGCCUGGGAUCCGUACACCCAUCAGCAAUAAUUUUCAGUCAACCCUUUUAUUUUUGUUUCCAAAAUAUACAAAUCUGUUCUUUUCUUUAACCCUCAUUUCUUUUUGGGGGCCCAAUAGAGGCUGAUUUUUGGGUGGGCCCGCAAUGUUUUACGCUUAUCAUCUGCGGUGUUUUACGUGUUCAUAUUUACGGACGUGCGACGGCGGUGGUCUCGCGGCAGCAGUGUGUGUGAAAGCGCAACAUGACUUAGCAGCCUGUGCGUGUGCUUUGUGUUAUGGACUUAGUGUUUUGCUAAGGGGUUCGAUUCAGUGAACAGGAGCGGCUUCCACUUUCUUCGACAUAUUUUGUGCUAAGAAGACACGGACCUUUUAAACAAUUUUCAGAAAUAAAAUGUAGAGGUUUAAUUCAUAAGAUUAGGAAUAUAAUAACAAUAUAUACUGCCUGACUUCCCGUGAACUCGUUGUUUUCUCUCUACAUUUCUUAUGUUAGUCAUUCAGAAUGAAUGAGUAUGUGUUAAGCGGGACCAGACAGCGUGUCUCUAGCAAUAUCUUGAUUAAAGACGAAUGUCUUUUCAAGCAUUUCGAAAUACAUUGUGUCCUGUUUUGAUAGGAAUUGCAUAUGCGAUGAAUGUAUUUCGUACUACGUCAUUCUAAAUAAUUGUUUUGUAAAAAUUGGAUUUUUAAAUAAUGUUUUUUUAACGUUUUGUGUUUAGUAUAAUUGCUUGAAAUACAUUAUGUCUGGUUCCAGGGGCAUAUAUUUCGCAUAAUAUUUGUUGUGAGAUAUGCUGUUACCAUCUUGAACUUGUCGCUUUCUUGCAGAGUUACGAUGUGCUCGUCCUUGAUUUUUAAGUCUAUGAAUGACUAACCAUUAGGGCACAUUUUUUAAACAAAGUUUCAGUACUCUUGGGAAGAGAGAUUAAAUAGCUAUCGCACUUGUUCAGGCCAUCAUUUCCUAAGCAAUAACCGUGAAAUAACAUAUCUGGAGCGUAUUUUCACAAUUUAACGAAUAGUUAUGCCCUUCAUGCUUCAAGACUAAGGACUAAAAGCAAACUGUAAGAGUGACUGUCAGUGUCCUUAUUUUAGAUUGAGUUUUAUCUUUUGUGAGACUGCAAUGGCGUUUUGCAUUUUGUGUUUAUCUAGCAUAAAAGUUCAUAUUCAUGGCUAUUGAGCAUUUGUUUUUUAAAAAAAAUUAAGUAUUGUAUUGGAGCUUGUUUACCUAACCUUGGUUUUUAGGAGGUUUUGUUCCUCUACCUUUAACACGUGCGCAGUUGCCUUUUUGAUCGGCGGUGGUACACUGGCAGUCAUUACUUGACCAUUCGAUUGUUUUACCUAGAAUAUUGUCGAAGUUUGCAAAACGAAGCCAAGAAGUAUUUUUCGAGGCGAAAUGUUCUAACAAUCUGGACUUAAAUCGUACUGUUUAAGGUGACGAUUGUAGAUAUGUAUUUUGUACGGUACAAGCUCUGUAAGACGUUCGUGGGCCGGUACCAGAAAUUUAAAUCAACAUUUUUAUCAACCUCAAAUUUUCAAUUACAUUUGUUAAACUGUGAUAAUUUUUUUGAAAUCAACCUAUAUUAUUGUAUAUUCAUAUUAGUUAUAUGUCUACUUUCAUUAUUUGUUCUGCGUAGUUUAAUGUAGGUCGCACCUGCGAAUUUGCUUGGAUCUAUUUUUUUGCAUUGAUGCUCUGCUUUCACCUAAAUAGUCACAAUUGCGUUUAAUAUUUCAAAUUAAAGUACUUAUUCGUUAUGCUCUCUUGGGCCAUUGUGCCCUUUUAGGUGUGAGUCAGUCAAUGCUGAAAAUAUCAAAAGAGAACGUAAUUCGGGCCUCAACUUGCAUGCCUCUAUAUUCCUUUCAGUAGUAUCCACUAUGCUUUGUCGCCAGAUCGUCCAGUUUUGCUCUGUUUCUUAAAAUUAAACUUUAUGGUGUGACAAGAAAUUCGCAAAAAUUCCUAACGUUUCUAUAGUUCCUUCCGGCCACCAUUGCGUUGCCUGUACAAUCAAAAAUGUAAUCUAAAACGGGUACUUAUCAAAUGAUCUAGGGGACAGGGUGAAACAAGAGAUUCUAAGAAGUACGAUGUAAAAUGGAAAAAUCUUAAACGAAUUUGUCAUUUUUCGUUUUUUAUAUAAACCCCUACCCAUAAACGUUGCCUAAACGUUUCUAUCUCAGUUCUUUUUAGUGGAUACCACACUCAAUUAAAUUCUUCUAUAGACCAAGUACCUCGUCUUCGCUCAAGCAUAUAGGGAGGCACAUGAUUAGUCACUGUCUGGUAUUUAUAAAUUCUUCGUGUAAGUCAUCUCUUGGCCCUAGCGGGUUUAAGGUAUGACAAUUUAAGGUAACUUCGAUUCCUAGAGGACACUGCUUUGGAAACAAAGUAUUUUAGGGAGAUAUAUAGUGCUUUAGAGUUUUCUUUUUAGAUGAAUUUUAUUUAGUGCAGACUUGGCCUGCUUACCAGUCUGCCUGUUUUUGACCAUAUUGUAGGCAUCAAUCUUUAUUGUCAAAGGUUUGCAACGAACCCAAUGGUGCUAAAAUCGUAGCUGUAAAUAACAUACAUAUAAUUACGAAUAAUUUAUUGUAAAUGUAAAUAUUGUACAUAUAGAGAGAGGAAGCCAAAGAAACCUAAAGAUUUCUUGUUUGUAUUUCAGAAAAAUUUUGAGAAUUGGAGUUAACAGAGACUUCAGUUGACAGCUUUAUUCGCAGCCAAACUGUCUGCGCGACAAUAACUAUUUUGUGUUCCACUUCUCCUUUUCGUGCAAGUACUUCUUAUUUAUAAUUUAGGUUGUGAUCACUUUGUCUUCUGAAGAGAUUGGGUUGCCGUGUUUUUCCUUGAAUAGAUACGCGCAAGUGCUGGAGGCGAAGUCAUCUUGUGAUCCUACUUAAAAUAUAGAAGACUGUUCCUCUAACUAUAUUUUUUCUGCUCACAAUGUUGUAACAUUAUGUUUAAAGUGUGGAGAAUUUAUUGUUGAAUUAUUGAACUGCUUCCUGCUUAUUUCGAAAUUCCGUCCGGUUUCGGACGCCUUUCCUUGAACUAAGAGUUCAUAUAGUUCUCGAAACAGUAGUAAGUGCCAUCGAAACUCUAUCCCUCUCUUUCUUGCAAAACUGACUAAUAGCACACAGUAUUAUUUAUGUCAUGUUCAAAGCCGUUCUUUUAAUCCUCAACGCGUCGACAGUUUCAGGUUGUCAUUUCUCUUCGCUUUAUUUCACUGCCCUUAAAAAUGGCCAUUUCUGCCUCAGAAAAACAGUAAAUUUGCAUUUUUUUACUGCCACUAUUAACCCGAGUGACUCAGAAUGGACGUCGCCAUUUUUGAUUGUAAGGGAGCUCAGAGUGCGUUGAGCGCGACGCGUAAACAUAAGCGUCCAUCCACUGAAUUUCCGACCUGUGACUGAAAAGCUAAGAGCGCUUUGAAGGAAUAAUUCCAUGCUUGCUUUGCACGGCGAGCACAGAGGGGGGUGCUGGGAUUGGAGGAACCCUCCCAGCCCGUUACUUGGAGCUACAGACAGUCUUCGAACUGCCGGGCCGAGGGCUCUGAGCCCCACGCCUCGACCCGGCUCUCCGCAGACCAAAGCAUGAGGUGCCUCUUGGGGACCAACGCAAUCUUCACAAAAUUCUUGUUAAAUUCUAUUAAAAAGCAUUCUUUCCAGCCCGCUUAACUUGUGCAACUGGUUUGCACAUAGCCAGUCAAGAUGCCCUUACGAGCAUACACAUAUAAUAUAUAUACAUAUAUACUUUAUUUUUAUGAACAUAAUGCCGCUAUUCUCUCGAAUCAGAUAAAAAAAAUGGGAAGGUGUCUUGCCAAAGCUGAAGAAGUGUUGUUUAUAGUACUUUAGGAGUUUUACUGACACCAAACUGUAAUAAGGUGCUGUUGUCCUCUUAACUAAAUAAGCAAAUGGAAGAAUGUUGACCUAGACACUCAAAAACUUCCCGCAUCAUCAAAAUAAGAAAGAGUAUUAGCCUUAACUCAGUUUUUGUUGAAAUUUAUAGAGUCUAUUACUACACUCUCGAUAGGAAAUUGGUAUACUCACGCAACUCUGUUCUCUAGAGUUUGAGAGUUAUGGGCGAUAUUUUACAUGUCCUGUUGAUUGACCAUGCAUAGGCGUUACCGUGUAAAUAACACAACGAACCUGUAUAAAGUUUAACUAUACAUACGAGUCUUGUGUCUAUGUACAUUUGUGGGAAAUUUGUAUAAGGCGAUGGUUUAAUGUAUACAUACUUAAGCGAAAAUGUCUUCAUAGCCUGUUCUUUAAUGUAAUAAUAUGUAUGUAUUGUUCCCUGUACAUAGAAUAAUGUAAUCAUUUGAGAAAUUAUGUCUGUUGAUCAUGAAAAUCCUUUACUGUAAUGGUGGGUAAUUGAAACACGGGCAUAUAUUAACAAUAUAUUUCUGUUUCAUUCUGCGAA